AAAAUCAAGCUACAAAGAGAAAUUAAAGUUUGUUAUUUAGUUAAGUUUUGCUAAUAUGGCGCAUUCAAUUAUUGAUGAGGAAACAUUAGAGACUGUGGCCUAUCAGCGCUCCAAAAUAUGGGCUAAAUUUCUAACGGAUGUUGAGCAGAGCGCUGACAGUGAGCUUGGCGAAUUAAUAGAUCUCAAUAAAGCUGAACAAACCUUCCAGCAUGAAGAUGAGGAUAGUUUGCGCGGCUUUGACGAAGCGGAAGAAGAUAAUGUGGCUGACGAUAUAAAUACAACAGCGUGUAUGACCAAAGCGGAGCUGACCCAAGUGCUAUUUCACGCCGAUGACAAGGAUAAAGAAGCAGAAAUAAAGCAAAUGUUGGAUGAAACAAUGCCCAUUAUAGAGGAACAUACGCGCAAAUGGAAGGCAGCCGGUUUAGAUCGCAUACUCGACACAUUUGAUGCCCAGAAAAUUGAGCGUCAUGUGGGCGACUGGAUGCGACGUCACAAUAGCAACUAUGGCGACACUGGCAUGCCAGAACUUACCCCAGACAAAGCCCAACGGCAACGUUACAGGGCCGCUGAUAAUCCUACCUCCCCGAAAAGUGACAACGAUAGCGACGCGGAGUCUAUGCAUUCUGUGGACACUGCACGCUAUAUACGCUCCAGUCGCAAACGCAAUCCUAGUUCUACGGUCAAGUGCAGUCCGAUGACAACCAUCAAAAUGUAUCGCACUGUACCGCGCAAGCGUGAUGAACUGCGUGCCAAGUACAAUGAAUACGCUGAGGAUCGAGAGCAUCGCCAUCAUAUGCAAGCGCUCAUGCAUCGCCGGGAUCAACUGCAUCGACGCAGGCGUGAGCGCGAGCUCAUAUUCCAUACCAGCCCACGAUGCUACCCUUACAGUAUGACUGACAGUGCCACUGUGCAAAAACGACGCAAGCAGCUGCGUAAACGUUGCGAAAGCUCUUCCUUAUAUCCUUCAUACUCGUCCAGCGAAGACGAGGACCAUGCCCAUGGUCACUGUGACUGCAAUGCUUGCGUUCGACGUGCCUUUUCCAGAACUGCAUAUCCCUAUUAUACAUAUCGCAGUCAUGCCAGUCACAGUUACAGUCGUCAUGAGUAUCCACGCAAUCACCUGGAGCAUGGCUCAAGAUCUAUGCAAAGCAUGGUACACUUUAAGCACAAUGUCUGGCAAAUGCGGCGCCAGCUCGCUUGUGAGGAAGACUUGCGUCCGCGCCUAAUGGAGGACGAAUGCAGUUGCUGCAAUAGCGAUCGUCUCUGCUCAAAUGCGGUGCACAUUGCCAACAGCUCAACGGAGGAAUGGCUUGUCGACAAUAAAAGCAGCCCCGAUGAUAGACCUGCGCCGAAGCCGCAAAAAAAGCGCAAGGCCAAUCUGCUCCCGAACGCUCUUCUCAAAGAGUCCAUACAAGAAGCAGAUGAAUUUAACAUAAAACCAAGAGCUGAGAGUAAGCAGACUUUAAAAAAGGAAGCUGAAAGUAAGAAGAGCAAAACAUUGGUUUCGUUUUCAACUGAAGAGCAGCCCAAGGCAAGUAAGAAUAAGAAAAUGAAUUCAGACGCAUCUGCUGACAACAAUAAGAGUAAAGUAAAUUUUUCAAUUGAAGAGCAGCCAAAGGCAACAAAGAAUAAGAGAAAUAAUUCAGAAGCAUCUGGUGACAACGAUAAGAGUAAAGUAAAAUUUUUAAUUGAAGAGCAGCCAAAGGCAAGAAACAAUAAGAAAAAUAAUUCAAAAGCAACCGCUGACAGCGAUAAGAGUAAAGCCAGAACUACAAGUACCCAGAAAGCGUCAGCACAACAAAACAAAACUGAAAAGAAAAGCCGCAAAGUCAAAGCAGCCAAGAGCAAAACAAACAAAAAUGAGGUGGACUCAGAAGAUGAAAUGCAACGUGCUCUGGCGUUCUCUGUAGAAACCUAUAAACAGGAGCAAAAAAGGACUCAAAAACAAAAUAAGAGCAGUUUAAAGACUAAUACCGUUGAAUCGCCGCAAUUUCCAGAGCAAUCUAGUUUCAAUAGCCAUAGCGUUGCCUGCAAUUCCACUGCUUUGAGCAAUCAUACAGCCAGUAGUCGCGCCUUAAAACAGACUGCAGUCGAGUCUAUUAAUUUGAGUAUGCCAAGUCCCAAGGGCUCACUUAAGAAUAGCUGGAAUACAACAGAUUGUGAUGCUGACUGUACUGUAGUUACAUCCACUACAAUGGGCGCUGAGGCAAACACGCUUGUUGCCACACCCACUGUAAGCAAUCCGGAGACAGAAAUUAAACUUACAAAGAAAGGCAUACUGUUGUAUGCACCCUCUAAAGAGGAUACCAUAGAGCGGAAAAAGUUUACACUCACCGAAGAUUGCCUUUGUCCGAUUAUAGGCAAAAGCAGAGCACAAAAAUUACUCAAAUAUCACAUGGGCAGUCGCAGUUUUGAUACACGUUACUCUGUUUAUUAUCGCCCAACGCCAAAACUCUUUGCUGCUUUAAGCGCCGGCUCCAAAUCUGCAGAUCUUGAGUCGUCCAGUUCCAGUGAUAGUGAUAUGGACGUCUUUGAGCGUGUCGAACGCUAUGGCGAGGUAUAUACUGUGCUGGAGAAAUAAAUCGGUUGCGAUUGAGUCGCUUCAUAACAAAUUAUAUAAGCAUUAUUUUAAGCCAACUUUUGUUUAGGGACUAAAUGUGUAUUAAGUAUUUGAUCUGGCACUAUGUAUUUAAGCG